AGUGUGAUUCCUCUCUGCAGCGACUCGGUCUCUAGCGUCGGGACAGAGGACGUUGGAGAGGGGAUCCGUCAUUGGUUAGGAGUUCCGAGAGGGGGGUCCCGUGGGGCGGGGUCUCCCAACGGCAGCAGUACCAUCAGCAGCCAGGGGGGGCGCCAUUCUUUGGCCGACACCAUGAGCACCUAUAGUUUCAGGUCUUGUGAGAAUCCCGAUGAUGACGGCUCUGAGUUGGGGGGCAGCAGGGCUGGAGGCAGCAGGGCUGGAGGGGGGGGCAGCAGGGCUCCGAGUCGGGCCCCCUCCUCCUCCGCCCUCUCAGAGCUGCUUGACGGCCUCCGGAGACGCAGAGCCGGCGGAGACGCAGAUGACGGAGCCGGGAGCGCCGUCUCUCUUCCCGUUUAUCAAACGACCGCCGCCUCCACCCUCAGACGCCGAGCCUCCGCCCUUUCCCUCGGCCCCGGUGACCUCCAGGAGCCCCGAUCCAGCAUCCUCAAACCCCCGUCCCCGAUAAUGCCUCGCUCCAUCAGCGCUCGCUCCAUCAGCGACGCUCAAACACCUGGAGCUAAACUCUCUCGCUACAACUCCAGCAGUGAUUCCCUCUCAGGCGUCCCGUCGCUGCCUCAUCUCUCCUCUCUGGGGUCAAACCUCGCCUCCCGCCAUCAAACUCCCUCUCUUUGCAUCCCAGAAGAAGAUCCAGAUCAACCACAGCGACCCCGAGCCACCUCCAUGCAGCAGCGCUCCCCUCAACCCCCGAGGAGGUGCAUGCUGGGGAGUCUUUCCACCGAAGAUGGGGGGGAAGCAUCCCUGGGUUCAGAACCGAUGGUGUUCCAGAACCGGAGGCUAAUGGAGGGUCGGGAAGACGCGGCGUUAGAUAUUCUGCCCGCCAUCCGGAGAGCGAAGUCCACCAGCAGCCUGACGGGAUCUGAGCGAGGAGGACGGAGGGCUCUGAGCGUUCACUUCGGAGAGCUGCCUCCCUCCAGCCGGAGCAUGAAGGGAUCUGAAACGGACUCCUCGUCAUCGGGGGGGUCAGCGGGGAGUUCUCAGGACGGAGGAGGAAGAAGACGGAGGCUCGAUGGUCCGCAGGGAGAGAGGCUGGAGGCCGAGGGCAGCGAGGCCGGAGACGUGGCUUCCAUCAUGAAGAAAUACCUGAAGAAGGACACCGACUGAGAAGAGAAGAAGCGCUCUCUGCCUCUCUGUGUGAGAGCUCCACAGACUGAAGGCUGAACCAAAACACUUCAGAAGUCCACAAGGAGUGACUUUAACAAAGCCACCUGAAAAUACAUUUGCACUCAAUCAACUGUAUUUGCAGAUAAGAAACCGUUUGUAUUUGAAUAAAAAAAAGAAACUAACCCU